UCGUUGCUAUACUCACAGUAUUCACCGCGAAACUGCUACGUAGACGAAAACAGAUUGUUAAACGCCGUUAAAAAUGGUAUUUUAGUUAGAAUGCUCUAGAAAAAAUAAUUAAAUUGUUUGACUCGUUUAAUAUUAAAUAGCAAUGCGAAAUUAUUAAUUCGAUGAAAUAAAUAUCUUUCGUUUAUUCAAAAAAUAUAUCUUUAAAAAAUGGAAGAAAGUACAGUAUUAUGGAUGCUUUCACUGGUAAUGUUAGUGGGUUCCUGCAUAGCUGGAUCCUUACCAUUAGUCAUGAAUUUAUCCGAGAUUCUACAAAGACCUCCAUGAUCAUGAACAUCAUGAACCUUUAAUCUUUCUAGGAUAAAUUACAACUGGUUUCGAUACUUGGUGCUGGACUUCUUGUAGGCACCGCGCUUGCUGUGAUUAUACCUGAAGGUAUAAGAGCAUUGUUUACUGGUGGAAGCAAUAAUGAUCAAGAAGUUCACAGUGAUCCUCACUCCUUAAUAGGUAUUAGUUUAAUACUUGGUUUCGUAUUUAUGCUAUUGGUUGAUCAAUGUUCAGCUAGAAGAAGUGGAGUAAGAGAAAGGAGUGUUACUGCCACUUUGGGUCUUGUAGUUCAUGCAGCAGCUGAUGGAGUGGCACUAGGAGCUGCUGCAACUACAUCUCAAGCUGAUGUAGAAUUAAUUGUUUUCUUAGCAAUAAUGUUACAUAAGGCACCUGCUGCAUUUGGUCUUGUAUCAUUUUUACUACAUGAAGGAGUAGAUAGGAAAAAAAUUGGUAGACAUCUUUUAGUAUUUUCUUUAGCAGCACCUUGUCUUGCUCUUGUAACAUAUUUUGGUAUUGGAAAGGAAGGGAAAGAAACACUUAGUAAUGUUAAUGCAACCGGAGUGGCUAUGUUAUUCAGCGCAGGUACAUUCCUAUAUGUUGCAACUGUUCAUGUUUUACCAGAAUUAAUGACAAGAAAUAGUAGCAACUAUACACAUCUACCAAUUGCUGAAAAUGUACCAGCAUCUUCUUCUGGAUUAAAAGUUAAAGAAAUACUAGUUUUAGUAUUAGGCUCUUUUUUACCUGCAUUAAUUACGACUGGUCAUCAUCAUUGACAAAAUAUCAUUAAAAAAGUACAUCUGUUUUUUUCAUUAUGUGUAAUAUAAAAUAUCCCUCUCAUUAAAAGAUAUAAUAUAGUCCAUGAUUUUUAUGUAAAAUCAUGAAGUGACAACUGCAAAGUUUGUCAGUUCAGGCACCUAUUUCAAUAAUAAUCAAGAGAUAUACUUUUAUGUACUGUACAUAAUUGUAGAAAGAGCAUAUCAUAUUAUUAUAAUGUAUUUGUAUAAAUUUAAAGGUAAAGUAAUAAGCUGCAAAGUUGUAUAAAAUAACAUUAAAAGAUAUUUUGAAUAAGUUA